AUGAAGGAUGUCGCAGCACACUCUGCACUAGUAUCCACUAGAGUAUCAGACAAAGAUAGAGUCUGUCAAGAGAUUCAGAGUGUUGGAGCAAAGACAACUACCUGUGAUGAUCAUACGUAUGCUGUGUUGGGAAACUACAGGCCAGAAGACAUACAAAAUGCAAAAUGUGCACACUCGAUUGGAACAGAAACAGGGGAAAUAGCAUCUGUUCUUAUUGUGCCCAGUGAAGAACAAACUCACUAUUCACACCAAGCUGCCCAAUUCUCAGGCCGCCCAAAUGUUUGCCCAAAGGUGCAUGUUUCUGAUAUCUGCCCAAGAGGAACAAGUUUUUUGAACGAUAUUUUUUCGGGUUGUGGCAUUACAUGCCGCCUUGGCCGGUUUCACUAUCUACAGCGCAUCACAAAGACGCUGGUGGAAGAUCAUGAGUUGUGUAGAGAUGCUAUUCGUGCACUUCAAGAGUGUCUCUACUACUAUGAUGAAGGAGAUCUUGCUGCAGUGAUGCAGCAGAUCUCAGCCGGGAAUCUUGGAAAAGUUGGUGGUAAGGUGUGCCCAGAGGAGGAACAGCUUAAAAGAGCAAAACAAUAUCAUCAGUGGAGAAAGGCAAUCACAUCAUGCACCACUGUUGGCACACGACAAGCUAUAACUGACUACACUUCAUCGGCUGGAAUUGCCUUGUACAAUUUGCGAAUACGGUACCACCUUCAUAUUGGAUCCCUUGAUCCAAAGUUGCAAAAGAAGAUUCCUACAGCUUUUCACAGGGCACCACAUUAUACCAUCCACCUUCGACUUGCAUUUAUCAACAACUUGGCCAAAGAGGCUGGAAUCAUUGGCAAUGUCCACAAUGGAGUAGAAGAGCUACCAGCCCACAACGGAGAGAGAUUCUUUUCUGAAUACUUGACACAACAACUUGCCAGAGAGAGCAGUGGAGUUCUUUAUGAUGAAAAAAGGAAAAGAUGCAAAUGCAAAGACUGCAGCAAAUUAAAAACCCCAUAUGCCAAGAGAAGAGUUGGAUCUAUUCAAACCUCUCAAGCUGGGAACAUUUCUUCUUUAGCAGGGGCGCUGACUUUUGCCAAGAAGGAAAAGAAGAACAGGAUCAAUGUGACAAAUCUUGCACCCCAUCCCACUAUCAUGAUAGCACCACAGAUGCAAUUGCCACCCCAACACUACUUUCUUGUGCCAGCACAAUCAGCAGGUAGGACAACAUCGCCCCAUCAAGCUUGCUACCACCAGCAAUGUACAAUGAUACAAUUAGACCCGGCCUACAAACGACAUUUGGCCUACCAGCAGCAUUUUUGUCAAGCUUUCUACAAACAUCCUUUUCCUCCCUACUUUCAAGGAACCCAUAUCCCUUCGCCCGUAGCAAAUCCUUCAAUGCAGCAGAACCUUGGGCCAUACACUUGGCUGACAAGGGAGAGAUAA